CUUGGGCGUCUUCAUAUAAAUGCCGGCGGUGCUCGCAGCACGGGAUCACAGAUUCGAUCUCGUUCAAAUCGACUGCCGCACCGAACCGCCGACAAUCGUCGUCGUAGUUGUCGUCGUCAUCGUCAUCGUCAUGCAGUACCUAAUCUUAGCAUUGGCUCUCUUCGGCUGCGCUUUCGGACAAUUCGGACCAUACCGCGGCUUUCCUGGCCAAAAUGCGUACAGACCAACGCCGAGGCCCUACCAGCCGCAACCGCCGGUGCAGCCGCCUCAGUACACAUCGCCCGCAAAGCCGUUCAUAGCUAUUCGAAGCCAGCAAAAGGACUCGUCACCGGAUGGAUCUUACAGUUUCAGUUAUGAAACUGAGAAUGGAAUUUCCGUCUCUGAGAGCGGAUAUCCACAAGUCGGUCCUCAGGGUCAAACAGAGGUAGUUCAAGGCAGAUACUCGUACCCCGCGCCCGACGGCACCCCCAUCACCAUCGAGUACACGGCCGACGAGAACGGUUUCCACGCGCAGGGUGCACACAUCCCAACGCCGCCACCCAUCCCUGAGGCCAUCAGAAGAGCGCUCGCGGCAAACCCACCCGGUCCCGACGACUCCAAGUACGACAAGUACGAUCAACAGCAGCCAUUCCAGCAGCGAUUCGGCGGACCGGCGUACAACGCUAAUCCCUUCCGGAGAUUCUAGUUUCGCACCUCGAUCGCACGAAAAGCUCCCUCCCCUUCUCCCCGCGAAAUAUGCACCCACGACCAGCGCACAGCCGGACGAAUCCGUCGGAGGGAGGCUCGGCUAGAUAUCGACCGACUGCUACGGAUCACCUCUAACCGGACUCUAACCGGAAGUGAUACGUGUAUAUAUAGGACACAGUACGGCGGGCAACAACAAGUAUCGGAGAAACCCCUACAGAGCAACAUAACUGUCGUUACGCAAUAAAUCAGUAUAUAUAUUGUUUCUACUUG